AUGGAUGACAAACGCCUUUUUAAAUGCUGCAAAAAGCCUUUAAAUAGCUUAGUGUGUGUAUCUUGCUUAAAUGUUUUUCACCCUAGCUGUGGGGAGCGAAUUAGGGGAUUUUCGGAGUUUAGAGGUCAUCAAAUUUUUUGUUCCAAUAAAUGCAAGGAUACAAAAAAUAAUGAAGAACAGACCACAGGCUCCCUUCGAGCUAAGAUUUUGGAUUUGGAGAUGUGUUUGAAUCAGCUUGAGCUGGACAAGGAUGAAACUAUUCAACAGCUGGAAUCAAAACUCAGUAAAGUUUUUGAGAGCUCAGAUGAACAAAAGAAGUACAUCAAAAAACAACGAAGGCUGACCCAAGAAUUCACGGAAGAGGCGCAGCUAGUCGAAGAGCGGUAUUUGAGGGAGAUUGGCGAGCUGGAAACCUGCAACAGAGAACUUAGAAGGAAAAAUAUUGAACUUGAGAAAUCAAAUGCAGUUAAGAAUAUAGUCUCAGUCACAACACAAACACAUUUUUUAUGCCUAAAUCGGUCUUGUCAAACAGAUGAUCAAGAGGACUCCUUCUCUACUCUUGCCUCAGCCAAAGACAAAAACCAGGAACUCCAGCAUAAAAUAUUUGAACUAGAGGAGUUGAGGUCGAGUUUGUUGAUCUCUAUCGAGACUCUGACAGCUGAUAAUGAAUAUUUUAAAGGGGAAUUAUGUUUGCUCCAAAAAGAAAUUCAGAUGCUCCUUGAUCAGAUGAGCCAGGGCGCGGGAGAAAGUUUGCAGGCUGAGCUCACUCAAGCCCAUUCUGGGGAGAUUGACGCUACUGAUGAGGCAUUGGUCCAAAACCCAGGUCAAAAAUCGCAAGCUAAUAAACCUCAGCGGAUCUUGGUUCUGGGAGAUGAAAGUGGCACAAACAUCACCGCAAAGCUUCGUCUCUUAGUGGGGGAUCAUUUCAGGGUAUCUGGUUAUAUUGAACCAUUUGCGCCAGUGAGUGAGGUGUCACGAGGUAUUUUUGGCAUGACUCAUGAUUAUACAUUUUCUGAUUUUGUGGUUGUCUUAUUGCAUGUCAAUUAUAAUGCCGUGAGGCACGCGUCAGCCCUAAAACAAAUUUUAGCCAUAGGAAGGUACACGAAUUUAAUUGUGUGUUAUAGGUAUUUAUUAUUUUAUUUAUUUAUUGAUCAACAAUAG